AUGCUAGUGGAAGUUGCAGAAAAUUUGCUAGCGUUUCUAGAUAUAACUUCGAAGAAAGGCGAUAUAGCUUCGGAUUAUAAAGAAGCUAAAGUGAAUGAGUCGCUAAAGAAGUUUCUGGACACACGAAACGAUUUGAGUGAUAAAUUGAAGACAGUUAUUGCGGAUGUCAUGUCAACGAUAGCCAACUAUGAAAACCACCCAUUGGCAUCCAGACCGGACUUCAAGUACCCAUCGGACACGUACGCGCACCCCGCGCCGCUGCCCACCGACGACCCCCGAGGCGCGGCGCUGGCGGCGGUCGACACUCCCUACAAGGCCAUCGUACAGGGGACCAAGUGGAAAGGAGACGUCAAAGUGUUUGAUAAGAAGUUUAAUUUUGGGCGGACAAGGACCGGCCAUUCCGUUACACUGAGGGCUGAGGUGGGGUGUGAGGUGGCAUACCUCACAGCGGAGAGUACAGAGGCGAUCCCGAUCCUCCUGAAGGGCGGCGUGGGCCACGACCACUUCACGGUGGUGGUGAAGGCCAAGCCGGAGCGGAGGCUGAAGGGCAGAGUGCGGGCGUACUGUCGCAAGGGACAGGGGAAGAGGGUGCCAGAAAUAUUCAUCAUACCAACGACAGCACCGACUGACACGAGUACCUACCUACGUCUCUAACGGAAGAUGAGUGAGCAUAAUUAAAAAAAUUAUGAAGUAGAAAGGAGUUUUAUUAAAAUGUUUGUAUU